AUGGGGUUUUCACCAUUUUCUAAACUAAAAUUCAAUUUCAGACGGAAAUCAAAUAUUUCUUCUUUCAAACAUUGUCGAAUGACGGAUUCUCGAUUGAACAAACUACGCGAGCUUCUCGAGUCACGUAAUCGGAUACUUCGAUCGGAGGCUAUUUCAAUGCUUACACAAUAUGCACCCAUUUCUAGCCAACAGUCAAUAAUCUAUUCAUGGGAUCAACUUUUUGAUAUUGUGGCACAAUGCUUUCGCAGUUCUUUGUGGGAAUGCCGGGUUGCUUCGGCUGAACUUCUUGCUGCUCUUCUUUUAAGUGCUGAUAAUGCAUUUUAUGAGAAAUUUGAAUUGUUGUCUAAAGACAAAAUGAAAGAAUAUUUUGAUGAAUGUGCAACAUUAAUUGAGAAUUUGGAUUUAAACAAAAUUAUUUCAAAUUAUAAAAUGCUAGUUGGAUUCGAAGAGGAGAACGACACUUUAGUCGAUAAAAACAAUUCAACUGACAUUAGUCUUCAACAUAAGAAAAAGCAACGACAAUUAAUUGAUUUACAUUUGGAUAUGAAUUCUGCUACUGGGGUUUCUUCAAGCACAUUUAUUACCGACGAUGAAAUUGCAACUUUGAGUGAAAUUAAGAACACAAAUUUAACUACAACAGAUUCUCCAAUUGUUUCUCGUAGAGAAUUAUACGAGGAAGUUGUUAACAAUGAAUGUCCUUUUGUUGAUACUUUUUCUCAUAAUUCUUUAAAAUUUGGGCAACAAAAAAUUAAAGAUGAGCCAAGUUUGGAUGAUGUUAAUGAACAAGAAUCUACUCUUCCUCUACAAUUUUUAAAAAGUUUUUAUGAAUUUUUUCAUUCUACUCUUCUUCGCGAUUUAGUUAGUCCAAAAUGGCAAACACGUCAUGGAGCUUGUCUUGUUUUAUCAAAAAUUUGUAAUCAGGCGAACAAAUGGCUGUUUCUGUAUUCGAGCUUUCUCACUAAGGCUACCACUCGCCUACUUCAAUUAUUUUGUUUGGACCGUUUUUGUGAUUUUGUAACCGGCAGUAAUGUUGUUGCUCCAGUGCGCGAAGCAGCUGCUCAAGCACUUUCAUUUAUUUUGUUAAAAUUGUCUGAUAAUGAUAGUUUAAAAAUCAAAAAUGAAAACUAUAAAGAAGAAUUAGAGCCGUUUAUGUUUCGAGUUGGCUCGGCAAUUUUAAACCAGAUUUGCAAUAUGCUUCAAAUAACGAGUGAACAGAAUUGGCAUUGUCGGCAAGGUGCAUUGCUUGUUGCUAAAUAUCACUUUGCAGUGACGGCUUUUUCGCUGCCUUCAGAUUACAAGUUGUUUGAUCUUACACUGUGGGCUCUUGAACAUGAUCCUGUAGAUGAGAUAAUUUCUUCGGGGAGCCAGGCUAUUUGUUCAUUCUUCUUAGCGGCUAACUCCGGAAUAGCAAAGUUCAAUGCUAAUAUUUUGUCUAAAAUUCGUCAAGAAACUCUUCCGCGAAUUUGGGGUAUACUACAACAUCCUGAACGAUUGACACAGCUUCGCGAAGGUGUUGAUUCUGUACUUGUCGAUUUACUUGGUCUUCUCGAAUUUUGGCUAUCUACGGAUGAGGAAGAGAAUCAAAGCACUUCACAAUCUUUAGCUCAGCUUAGUGAUAGUCAAGUAACACUAUUAGUCGAGCUACUUGAAUGCUCGCCGCAAACCUGUCCGACAGAACGAAAUAUAAAAGUUAUGCAAUGCCUUUGUUCGAUUUUUAAGAACGAUUCCUUAACUAUAACUCCCGAUGGCAAGCAUAUUUGGACUGAAAAGUUACUUUUCCAAACAUUGAAACGGCUUUAUAGAUGUGUUAUUUUCUGUCCACCAAGUUCUGCCGAAAUAUUGUUACCAACAUGCCACAAGACACUGUCAUUGUUAUUAGAAUUUUUUCAGCGGCAUAUGGCUUUGACGUCAAAUUUCAACAAUUUACUUGGAAAUGAUCUCUCAUUGAAUAUAGGCCUCUGGAUUAGCUGCCUUAUGUACGAUCACAAAAAUCCGGAAAUUGAUGUAUUUUUACAUAAUGUUGAUGGAUCUGACUCUCGACGAGACUUUCCUAAAGAAUUACUGUGUGGGGAAGAAUUACACUUUUUGGAAAGGAAACAAAUUGAUUUAGUUAUCCUCGAGAGAAAAGCUAUGGCUGCUCGAUGGCUAGCGCCAUUGAUAAAUACUCUCUUUCGAUGGGGCUGCCCUAUUGGUCAACAGCCAAUGUUUAUAUCCGUCCAGCUAUUAUUCUUUCCAUAUUUACGCUCUAAUUCUUUAUAUCAAAAGCUUGGGUCGGCACUUUUGGCUCAGGAAUGGUCAAAUGUUUAUCAGAAUUCACGUCAUCUUGGAAAUUUUUCAUCUGAUAAUCAAUCAGUACCUGCCCCUGAUAUUUUAAUCAAAGAAUUAUACGAGCAAUUAUCUUGUAAUUCAAAUUCCAACAAGCUAUUUGAUGAGACAACCCAGUUGGUUAGUAUAUUAACUAAAGAGUGUAACGAUUUCAAACAAUAUUGUUUGCGAAAGGGUGUUCCUGCUUCCGAAUUACUUCCACUAAAUCAGCGGUUAGAUCAGGCAGAUGACUUGCGUGCAUUAUCGGCCAGAUAUGCGCUUAUUGUUGAGCUCAUCGAGGAUACCAAAUUAGCUACACGAACCUAUUCGAGCCGCAUCAAUGCUUUGUUUUCUUCCGCACUCAUAAAUUUUAUGGAACAGCUACCUGUGCAACUAACUCCACUUAUAAAGCCUUUAAUGGAUACAAUAGAAUCAGAAAACAGUUCACAUAUUGCUAAUUGUCACUUAGUUAAUGCUUUUUCUUCACUCAUUGAUCGAACCUCUAACAGGAAGCCAUGCCCGCAUUCUAAGAUUUUACGUCAACUUAUGUUGGGUCUGGGUCAAUGUGAUCAAUGGUCACCUAAAGCUCUUAAAUGGAAUGAACAAUCGGUUCUUCAUAAAAUAAUUAGCUUGGAACAGUCAGAGUCAUCAGUUGGAGGUUUGUUCUUCAAUUUUAUAUAAUUUUUGUU